GGGACCAAAAUGAUCCCAUUUUAAGGAGUUGAGGGAUCAAAAUGGUCCCUCAAGAUAGUUGAUCAAUGGGAUCAUUUUGGUCAUUCCUAAAGAGUUGAUGAACCAUUUUGGUUCUUUUCUCUUUAAAAAAUUGAAGCACUACAAAACAUUGAAGUAAGCCUAUAUAUCUUGUGUUAGGAGAAAUCUUAAGAAAUCCCCUUUGUAGAGCACAACCAUCAUUGGCCAAGUAAAUUUUUUGUUGUUGUUGAAUAUGUUAAAUUUUGAACAUAUUAUGAGCAAUAGUAUAAAAUUAAAUUCUUUUAAUAUUAAAAAAAAGUCGGCAGUGUAGGAAAUUUACAUCUAUAAUCUAUCAUAUUAUGUUGAAAAAUAUGAGCUUCCCUCUUCUUUUUUAAUAGGGAUGCGAGCAUUAACGUUUGUGCCAUCAAUAGGCCUUAUACAAUCCUUCAAAUAUAGCGGUCCAAUGCAAGGCAAGCUUAGCCCCAAACAAGAUGCCAGGCAACUCAAGAAUCAAGAGGGAAUUGAUGAAGGGAAAUCAUGGGGAGACCGACGAGAGGGGAAUGGUUGGCGAAGCACUACAAUAGAGAUUUGAAAGUGAACAAGAUGGAAGAGGGAGAUGUGCUCAGGAGAUCUUGAGGAUUUGGUGGCACGAAACAUGCUAUACGUUGCAACAACAAGUGGCGUUGUCAGUGGAGUAUCUUUGGAGGUUACACCGUUUGGCUUUUUAUGGAGGUAUGAGGCAGACGCACCAUUAUUUGGAUCUCUUUGUCUAGAUUCUUCCAGUGGUAAUGUCUUCUGUUGCUCAGUGAAUGGGAGUGUGAUGGCUCUAAACCCAAAAGGCCAUUCUGUUUGGAAGGCGAGUGUUGGUGGUCCAAUAUUUGCUGGGGCAUGCAUAUCUUUCACUCUUCCCUCACAGCUGUUGAUUUGUUCUCGAAAUGGUGGUCUGUACUCAAUUGACAUGGAUAAUGGAGCUGUGCUGUGGGAAUAUCAGACUGGUGACCCAAUCACUGCAUCCGCUUAUGUGGAUGAGCUGUGCUGUGUGAUAGUCAAACCUUCACAUCCAUGCCACAGGUUGGCUUGCAUUUGCAGUAGCUCUGGAAGAAUUCAUGUGUUACGAAUCCAUCCAAAUGCCAAGCAAGAAAGAGCUGCUGGAGUUCCAGGAAACCAAUUGGUGGAGGAAUUCGCAGUCCUGCAUCUCCCAGGUGACACAUUUUCUUCACCUGUAAUGAUAGCCGGUCGAAUCUUUGUUGGCUGUAGGGAUGAUUAUGUACAUUGUGUCGCUGUUAAAACAUGAUUGCUCUUCUGUAGAAACGCUAACUCAAAAGCUGGUCUACACGCCUCUUUGUUUAAAGUCUUAGGUUUCAUUUGGGACGGCUUUCCUCUUGCUUCUUAAAGCAGGUUUUUAAUACAAAAGUUAAAAUUUUUUAACUAAAAAACUGCUUUAAGAAGCAGCAAAAAAGUCAUCCCAAACAAGAUAUUAUACAUGUUAUGAAAUUUGUAAUAUCUUUGUUCUUUAUAUGGGAACUCAUUUGUUUGUAUGCUGCAUUUUGUAGUUUAACUUUGGGACAUUUUUCAUCAGAUAAACAUUUAGAUGUAAAAAUGUAUUUUUCUUUAGAAUAAAUCAUACUUAGAUGUUUAUACA